GCUUUGAAACAGAGAAAGACAAAGUUAAAGAGUGUCCCCUCGCCGCUGCGUUCAGCGCAGUUGAGUUCCUCUGCUGUUUAAAAGGCUCCUAGCAAUGCGUUUCCCAACACGGACAUGGAGCUCAGUUUACUGCGCCCUUGGCGCUCCUGUAUCCUCGACACUUGUCUUUCUCCUCUUGAAAUAUAAAAACUGCGCGCACCAUCAUAGCCGAUACUCGUGCACAUUAUUCUUCGGCGGCAUCAAACUUUAAUAUCUAAUUCACUUUUCGUUUUUCUUUUUAAUUUUUUUUGUUUUGUUAACAAUCUGCCGGUUCUGUCUUGGAUUAACCCCUUCUUUCUUUUUACCACACAUUUCACAGUUGUGCGCGUGUGUCAGGUUAUGAAGGAAGAAUGGAGUUCCCAGACCAUAGCCGCCAGUUGCUGCAGUGUCUGAGUCAGCAGCGUCACCAAGGUUUCCUCUGUGACUGCACUGUUCUUGUUGGGGAGGCUCGAUUCAAAGCGCACAGAGCCGUGCUGGCCUCCUGCAGCAUGUACUUCCAUCUCUUCUACAGGGACCAGCUGGACAAAAGGGAUGUUGUGCAUCUCAACAGUGACAUUGUGACAGCCCCGGCUUUCAGUCUGCUCCUUGAAUUUAUGUAUGAGGGGAAGUUGGAAUUCAGCUCUCUCCCGGUGGAGGAUGUCCUGGCGGCAGCCAGCUACCUCCACAUGUAUGAUAUAGUGAAAGUGUGUAAAGGAAAGCUUAAAGAUAAGGAACUCUCGUCAGGGGAUGAAAAGAAGACUGAGGGUUUGGGACUCAGCUGUCUGGACAGGCAACAUUCCUCUGAAGGCAAGCUGCACAGUAAGCAGCUCAUCCGGCGACAGCCCCAGACACCGUCUCAGGGGCUUCACAGGGCCCCCCCGGCAGAGGAGUUUGACAUGGACAAGAGCGAAGUCAUGCUGGCUGUCACAGAUUGUGAUAGGUCUGCACGGAGCAGGCAGAAGGCAAACGGUCACUCCGGCAGGUCCCCGAACCUUGUAGGUGUCAAUUGUUUGUCAGCAGAGGCCGAGCCCUGCGUCCAAACAGCUGGAAAAACAAAAGCUGAUGUCAGUAGUUCCACCGUAUCGCUGUCCCAGAGGUCCCGGGCUUCAGAUGACAUGGACUGUGCACUGGAUUUGUCUUUCAAGCCUCUGUCGAGCAGAGAUCCCUUACAGCCCUCCUACGUCUCGGGACAGCUGGCCCUCGACAGCCAGCAGCAGGGCACUGAGCCACUUGUUAAAGACGAACACGACUUGCUGUCAGAGCAGGAGGACAGUGAGCCGAUGAGCCCUGAGAGCCAGCGCUUUGGGAAUAGUGCCAGGAGCUCAGUGGUGACAGGGUUCGCUGCCCUCUUCCCAGGCAACAACGGCUCCACAGCCGCCCUGCUCUCCCAGGAGGAGGACCUGAUGGACGAGGAGGGGGUGGGCGCCCCGGGCAGGGAGGUAGAGGAGAGGAGAGCUCGGCUGCUGGGGGACAGCGAGGAGGAGGAGGAGGACGACUUGGCCUCCUCGGACAUCUCCACCUCCAGCGGGGUGCUCCUGCCCCCGGGGCAACAGGUGUGCGUGUGCCCCCUCUGCAGCAAAGUCUUCCCCAGCCCCCACGUGCUGCAACUGCACCUCAGCUCGCACUUCCGCGAGAAGGACGGCGCUCGCUCCAAGCUGUCCCCCGACGGCUCGGUCCCCACCUGCAUGCAGUGCAACAAGACCUUCUCCUGCAUGUACACGCUCAAGCGCCACGAGCGCACACACUCUGGCGAGAAGCCGUACACCUGUGGCCAGUGUGGCAAGAGCUUCCAGUACUCUCACAACUUGAGUCGGCACGCUGUCGUCCACACGCGCGAGAAGCCUCACGCCUGUAAGUGGUGUGAGCGGCGCUUCACCCAGUCCGGGGACCUCUACCGCCACAUCAGGAAGUUUCACUGUGGCCUUGUCAAGACUCUCGCCAUUGGAUAAAUCGCCUCUCCCCAGUGCCAUGACAUAAGACGAAUGUCUUUUCAUACACUGAAUACUACUACUGAACACUUUCCACAUUAGUACACACACACACAUGUUGGCAGUUUGUUGGAGACGCAUCUCUUUUGGAUUCUACCCCAUGUGGCAUUUUUCUCAAGUUGUAGCAACGUUAAAACUGGAGCUGUUCUCUGAGCUGGAAUGUGUCACAGGCAUUUGUGAUGGUCAGAGGCAGAACGUUAAAGGUGGAUAAACGCGGGUGCUGUGGUCUGUGACGACGUAGGUGAACAAAUCAGAUGAUGCACUCGUUUUUUCCGUCUCGUGUCAAUCUGUUGAAUUUAUUUUGAAGAGUAUAUUUGCUGAAUGAAAAAAGCAUCCCAUGUUCAUACCCAAGGGGCAAAUUGGUGAUAGCUAAUGCUAACAUAUGUUAAUACAAUCGUAAGAUGUGAGUGAGAUUUUUAUUUGUGCACAUGGAAGAGCAGAACCGUCCGUAAGUAGCAAUAUAUGAUUUUUUUUUAAACUCCUACAUUAUUAUUAUUUAUUUGUUGUUAUUCGUCUAGUCCUUAACAAGUAAACUAUCAUAAGGCAGCAAAACUAAUGAAGUUUGUAUACUGGAAGUAUGACUAUUUUCUUUCAUGGAAGUAUAAUUUUCUUUUUUUUAAAUGAAGUUGGGUACAUAUUUAUGUUUAACAAGAGGCAAGCAGACCAUCAUAUCACCAUAUUUCUUUUUUAGCCUGGGGUUGAGUUACCAGCUCUUUAGUUGUUAAUGUGAGUGAGCACAUUUCGAUGGAAUGGCCUUCUAAUUUGCAAUUUAAAAAGAAGUUAUAUAAUCAUAGGAUGGCUGGAGACUCGUUAAUCUAAAUGCCUGUAACACUGGUGCCUACUUAAACUCUCAACACUUCACAGAGUGUACUUACUUAAACAAGAACGAGUUAUCACUACGCCUUCUUGAAACAAACUAGUCAGUUUUCAGGCCUUUUAAAAUAAUCUGGAUUAAACUCCACAUACCAGGUGGUAACAAAGGUAAUUAUCUACUCUGGAAUCCACGAGUGUCCUUAAUUGAAUAAUUUACAAGUAUGUUAUUCAAGUACAUCCAUCAAGGUCUCGUCAAUUAAAUGUUUAAAAGCAGUAAAGUCCAUAGUUAUUUCCUGGUAUGCAUAGAGGGUGUUGAGGGUACACCCUCAGCAGGGAGGGACAGGUGGAUAUUAUUCAGCUCUAUGUUGGUCACCAACGCUGUGCUCCAUGUGCCAGUCAGCUGAAUAUACUGCCUUUUUUUUCUUUUUCUUUCUUUUGAUUUACCUUUAUCACAUCCUCCCAUCUUCUUACUGUAUGUGUACAUUACUACUGAUGAAGCUGGAUCCUUUAGUGAUGCGGUCCUGGAGAGAAUCUUUGGGCAGGAAAUGGUUGAUGUCUGUUCACAUGGAUGCUCUCCGGAUUCUUAGCAAGAGGGUGUCGCACUAAUAGUUCAUAAUACUCGUCUAAUCUGUCCUGAAGACUUGAUCAGAAUUUAUUUAUUAGUUUGACUUGAGGAUUUUCUGUAGGUGUACUACGUGUUUCUAUAAGCUUGAAAGACGUUGCGUCUUGCCUAGCGAUCGUGGUACUCAUUAACUGGUAUUGGGGCUUUCUGUUCAUUUUCUCUGUGCAAAUCGAGUUACUGUAAUUGUAUUUUAUUAUGUCGUGUAGAAAUCACUGCGGAGCGUUCAAGAUGUGUCACAUGGAACAUAGAGAAGCACUUGUUUUUAGCAUGCAUAUAGUUUCAACACUAUUGUCUAGGCUGCUAUUUCUUACUAUAUGUAUAUUUAAUGUAAAUAUAUAUUCUAUUUAUCAAACUGUUUUGUUGUUACAACACAUGUAAGGCAGAGAGAGCCGGGUGUCUUAUUAAGGCUGCAGUCUCUUAAAGUGUCACGUCUUCCCCAGGGAGUUUGUUUCCAUCUCCAUUUUCAAGAACUUGAUUGGACUCACGACAAAUCCAGUUAGAACCGCUCGGACUGCUGGUCCGACCACAGAAAACGGUUGUUCACAAGCACAUCCACACUGGUAGGGCAUUGGCUAGCAGCUACCUAUAAAAAAAAAGGAGACAAUACAGGUAUUGUUGCCACCCCACCCCACCCCACCCAUGAUCCCAGGUAGUUCUCAAGGGAUCAUGUGUACGUCUCUGCUCGCUGUGGGCAGAAACGGCAGCGCAUGCCUCCCAUUGCACUUUUCAGUCCUGAAUGGAGCCGUUGGAAUGUGAGAAAUGUAUUUUGCAAAGGGAGACCGAGGACACCGUAAACAGGUGUAUUGUUUGGAGGCAUCCAGGAACUACCCCCCCCCCCCCCCCCCCACGCAGUAGAUAAAUGCGUCAUUGUUUCUCUAUAUGGAGGAUUUGAUCGCACAUCCAUCCAGACAAUAUCAGAAUGAUCAGUCGUGUAAGUCGGUCUAGAAGAACGGUUGGUGGCUGUCGGGCAACUGUGACGAUGCAGGUCAAAUGUAGGUGUUGCGCAUCCAUUUCAGAUCAGUGCACCUGAAGGUGUUUCUCUUUUAGUUUUGUCUUCCCUCAUGUUGAUCACCGAGACUUCUUUCAGGACACCGAAAUGAAUUCACACGUGAUUUAUCAGCAUUUGCAACGGUUCGUCAGCAUUUCUGACGGAGGACCUAAAGUCGAGUACGAGUCGACGCGUUUCUCUCAGAAUUACGGCAAUCUUUUUUUUUUCAUCCUUCUCCCUGACCCCAACGUCGGCAAUGAAUGAAUGAAGCUUGUGUGUCAUUUUACAAUAAAUGUGAUGCGGCUCCCUUCAGACUUGCACAAGCCUUCCUGCCGUUUCCAUGACCUGAGAGUUGAAUCACUUGGAACAGUUUCAGAGACGUAGCUGUUGCGUAGUGUUCAGAACGUUUAUUUAAAUCAGAACACAGGAAUGUAGAUUGUGUCACUGUUGCUAAGGUACGUUUCUAAUGUGGUGCACAUUCAAUUGCUUGAUUAUCCCAUGUACAUGUGUACAGAGGUAUAGGAGAAGAAGAAAAACUAACCUUGUGAAGAUUUGUUCUUUUUAUUGUUUGCAGUCUUUAUUUAUACCUCCAGAAGGAUCACCGAACGUGCCUUGUUGACGAACGAAUAGGUGUUGUAUCUGGAGGAGCCCGUUUUCUAUGCUGUGUGUGUUUGCCCUUGACUGCGGCGGUAAAGUUCACAUCACAGCGACUGUAGCCCACUCAUGAUUCACAACUGUUGUUCCUGUUUUUCCAUCAUGUCGAAAAAUCCUGACAAAAUAAACGUUUCAAGUCCAUUUAUUUUUGCUGCUUUUGCAGGAGAUUACAUUUGAGAUUACUUUGACCAUUUCUGUUUAUGUGAACGUAUCUGUGUUUGACGCGUUAAACUGAAGACAAGCUUUUUUUGUUGUUGUGAUUUUGGUUUUCAGUUGCCAAUACUACUGGGAGCCAAGUCUGUUCCUUUAGUAAAUGUCACUGUUGAAUGUGAAACACUGAGAUUUUGAUUGUUGACUAUCUCUUGAUUGAGGUCUAUGUUGCCUAACUCGUGCUGUAUGAUCUUUAAGUCUAAAACAAACGACUUUACUGAUACUGGAAUUUUGUCCUCUGCAGGUUACAACUGUGAAAUUGUUUAUAAUCAUGAGAAAUAUUUAUUAUUGCAUUUGCUUCCUGUGCAACAUUUUACUGUCUGUUUUAAUUUGGUGAAAAGAAAAAAAUUCUCAACAUUGAAACGAAAAAUCUUUUUAAUAGAAUUUGUAGAAGUGCCAUUAGAAUUUAAUAUAAUUUUUUAUUAAUAAAGGUAUAUUUUAUAGUAAUCAAUUGCUUCAGUGUUAGUGGUGUAGAGAUUAGAGGACGAUCUUUACGCAGAAUUGACAUUGCUUAGAUAUUGAGGCAAUUUACUUUUGAUCUAUAACUGUCUGUGCAUUUUCUUUGUUUGCGCUUUAGGAGUGUGCUUGUGUGCUGUGGAAAUGUGACAAUCUUGAUUUAGGUCUUUCUUAAGAAUAUGCAUAGAAUUAAAUGGUACAACUUUC